AUGGCAAACGACUCUCAACCCAUCCCCAAAGUCCCCAUUCUGCUUCUGGGAGAUGCAGGCACGGGAAAAUCGACCUUUCUCAGCCGCCUGAUGCUCGGCUCGAGUACUCUUAAUGGAUCGGAGAAGAACCUCCCUACUCCCCGAGACAUGGACCAACCGUUUUGCUUGGACAUCCGCAUGUACAACCGGCCGUACCGCUUUGAAUUCUACGACACCGCUUCCCCGACCAACUACUCUCUCCUACACCCCGAGGUCAUCAUUCUGUGCUACUCCAUCGCCGAUCCGGAUUCCCUGAAAAGCGUCCACACUCGCUGGAAGAGCAUUGUAGAAACUCACUUCAACUACGAUGAGCAGCUUCCGGUCAUCCUUGUCGGCCUGAUGAGAGACCAUCGGCGGAAGGAGGACUAUGAAGGGCGUGUCAAGCCGCUUGACAAGGGGGGCGACGAUGAAGAGGACGCCUUGGUAGGCCGGCGAGUAGUCUACCCCCAGGAAGCCCUUAGGAUUGCCCAGGAGAUGCGCCUUGACAAAUACUGCGAGUGCAGUGCAGUGACGGGAGAGCUGUUCCGCGAGUGUUUCGAGGACAUUGCGAAGACGGCUGCGCUAACAACGACGCCAAAGGGCGGCAAGUCAUCUGCUGAGUACUGCACUGUGAUGUAA